CUUUUUAUUUUAUUGGGUUUUUUUUAAUUAAAAGGAAGUUCUGUGAGGUCGAAUUUAGAGAAAGUUUAAGCAAGAGGGAUUAAAAAUGGUUGAACCGGCACCAGAUUUAAUACAGAAUACUGUCCCUAGUCUUAUUGUCGAUGAACAGUUUGAGGGAAAUGUUAAGAAACUUCGAAUAACUGAUAACAUCAAGGAACUACAGACAGUUCUAAGGGAUAAAUCGACUUCAAGAAGUGAUUUUAUUUUCUAUGCUGACAGACUAAUACGUUUGAUAGUAGAAGAAGGCUUGAAUCAACUGCCAUAUAAAGAAUGUUCUAUAACAACACCUACAGGGCAUUCCUACAACGGGUUACGCUAUGAAAAAGGAAAUUGUGGAGUCAGUAUUAUGAGAAGUGGUGAAGCCAUGGAACAAGGAUUAAGAGACUGCUGUCGUUCAAUAAGAAUUGGUAAAAUAUUAAUACAGAGUGAUGAAGAUACACACGAAGCAAAAGUGUUAUAUGCUAAACUUCCUCCAGAUAUUAGCAGACGAAAAGUGCUGCUGAUGUACCCCAUUAUGAGUACCGGCAAUACUGUAGCUCAAGCUAUGAAAGUUUUAAGGGAACAUAAAAUAAAUGAAGAUAAUGUCAUAUUAUUAAAUUUGUUCUGUACACCGCAAGCUGCCAAAAAUGUUAUCUCUGAAUCUCCUGGAAUAACAAUUCUCACAUCCGAAAUUCAUCCAGUUGCUCCUAAUCAUUUUGGUCAAAAGUAUUUUGGAACUGAGUGAGUCUUCAAUCAGUGAUUGGUUUGAGUGAAUGUGAACAGAAGAAGAUUAUGUUUGUGACGAGAUUUGAAUACUAGUAUAUAUUUUUUUUUUUCAUUUUCAUUUAAUAACAAAGGUCCAGUAUUUUUCAAUAUCAAAGUCAUAAUUUGAUUGAUUAAGUGCUGUGAUAGAAGGUGAUAGAGUGCAUUUGUUUCGCAUUUAUAUUUUUAUGAUGUUAUUAGAAAUUCAUCUUGGAAGAAUGUGUGUUAUUUGCACAAUAUCUGAUUCUAUUAUUUACUGGUAUUGUGUUAUUUGUACAAUAUCUGAUUCCAUUAUUUACUGGUAUUGUGUAUUUGCUCAAUAUCAGAUUCUAUUAUUUACUGGUAUUGUGUAUUUGAAUAGUGCUUGUUCUGCUACCUAAUUUACAUUGAUUAUAACAGUCCUUCACAUUUAAGGUGCGCUUUUGCUUCUGCUCCUCUUGAUGCACGUUGACUUUCCUUCACAGAAGUCAUUAAAGACUCCUGUAAAUUAGCUAAAUCGCUCUCCUAAAUAUUGAGAUAAUUAAACUACUUUCAGUUUAUGUUUUAUUUUUAAACUGCAUAUAUUAGAGCUAUCAGUUGCCAUGAUGAUAAUUCUGACACGACUGAAGCAUAAAUACAAUUUGGCUCUCCUUAAUUCAAGAAAAUGUAAAAUUACUCUUGAAUAUAAUUAAGAAGAGUUUUGUUUUACGGGAGCUUUUUUCUCCUAGUUGAAAUUGACAAGAGCUUUUUAUGGCUCCCGCACAUUUUUAUAAACGUGAAGGACUGUUAUAAUCCUGAAAUUGGUAGAAACUUUGUUCUAAUGAUAUUUAUUAGUCUGUUUAACUUACAAUCAUGGGUCGAAAAUUAACUUUUCAGGGAGAUAUUUAAGGAGACUGAAUCUUUAGUCAAAAUUUGACCAUCUAAUAAAAUAAAUCAAAACUAAUUUUAUGUAGUCUGUAGCUGUAUUUAACAUUGAAGGACAAUAUUGGUGCCAGUCAUUAUCACAUAUGUGUUAGAGCUGGUUAAACACAUUCCAAAUAUAUUUUUAACACAGAGAUCAUUGCUACGAUAGCUGAG